AUGUACGAACCCGGACACUUGAACGAUUUACAGGACGAUGCCGGUUUCGGAGGAGACCCAAAGAGUUGGCUCUCCGGUGAACACCUUUCUUCAUCACCAACCCUCCACCGAACUCUUUCUUCUCUCUCCAACGCCACCACCAACGGAACAGCCGGGAACGUUGACCGUGUUCUCUUCAACGACCUCGUCGAGAUCGUCCCUCUCGUUCAGUCUCUAAUAGAUCGGAAGGCAAACUCUUCAUUUACGCGUCGUGGGUCAGUGAUCUACACAAAGACGCCUUCUAGGGAAUCACUGUCCAAGAAAACAAUUGAAGCAAAAGGAAGGAAUGUAACUCAAUCUAUUCCAACAAAAAAGCGCAGGGACUUUGGAGAAAGGGACCAAGGUAAUGGUGACAGUAAUCAAGAUGGCUGUGCCGACAGCUUCUCCAUUUUAUGCUCAAAGGGGUUGCCAACAGAAAAGGACACAGAAGAAUUGGUUGCACUGAGAGAACAAGUGGAGAAUCUAGAAAGGAAAGUAUUAGAGAAAGAUGAACUCCUGAAAUUGACAGAGAUCUCAAAGAACCACUUGAAUUCAAUGGAGGCAAAACUUGAUGAACUGAAAAAACAGGCUGCAGAAAAGGACUCUUUACUUAAAUCUUCUCAACUGCAACUUUCCGAUGCAAAGAUUAAGCUUGCUGACAAACAAGCAGCCCUGGAAAAAUUACAGUGGGAAACAAUUACUUCCAACGGAAAAGUAGAGAAACUCCAGGAAGAUCUAUAUAACAUGAAAGAAGAGAUUUCAUCAUUCAUGCUGUUAUUUGAAGGCUUGACAAAGAGUGAAACCACCAUUGGUGCAAAAGAUUAUGAUGUCAAACCUUACCAUUCAGAUCAUCUUCCUCAUAUUGAUGAUUUGGAUGAGAUAGAGAUACAGAAAAUGGAAGCAGCUAGAGAGGCUUACAUUUCUGCUGUUGCUGCUGUGAAAGAAAAGCAAGAUGAAGAGUCAUUGACCGCUGCUGCCAGAGCAAGGAUAUGUAGCAUCUUGGGGCCAGAUGAGCUUUGGGGGGACUACAGUAAUUACAAGGUGGUUGCAUGA